UAGAGAGAGAGGGCCUCGGUCUCGCCGGCCAUCUUGUUAGAGAGGGAAGGCAACAAAACAAAAGAAGAAUUACACAUUAAGCUCUCUCUCUCUCUCUCUCUCUCUAGAAAAGUCAAUUCAAUCCUCCUCCUCUUCCUUCUUCCUUCUCUUCCCCUAAAACCCAUUUCUCUUAGGUCUUUCAUUGAAUACAAGACCAACCCUAUAACCCCAACUUUCCUUCUCUACCUCUUCCCCUGAUCACAAUCCCCAAAACCCAUCAAUUUGAUCAUCUGGGUUUCUCUGAUUUUCUGUAAAGGUUGAACCUUUAUUGCUUAGGGUUUGUAUCUGAUGAGUUCCAAUACGGCGCCGUCCAGCUCAGCAGCCGCUGGAUCUGCCGAUUCAGCUGCUGCCAGGAGGUCCAAGCGCCCCAAAUAUUCUAGAUUUACUCAGCAGGAACUUCCAGCAUGCAAGCCAAUCCUCACGCCAAAAUGGGUAAUCUCAGCAUUCAUGCUCGUUGCAAUCGUCUUCAUUCCCAUUGGAGUCGCAACCUUAUUUGCUUCCCGAGAUGUUGUUGAAAUUGUUGAUCGAUAUGAAACUGAUUGCAUACCGGCGUCCUCUAGAAGUGAUAAGGUUAAAUACAUCCAGAGCUCUGGAAAUAAAACAUGUACCAGAACUUUAACGGUACCAAAACACAUGAAGAAGCCUAUAUAUGUAUAUUAUCAGCUUGAUAAUUUCUAUCAGAAUCAUCGCAGAUACGUAAAGAACCGAAGUGAUAAACAGUUGAAAGAUCCAAAGUCUGAAAGUGUACUGGAUGAUUGUAAGCCUGAAGAGAAGGGGGCAAACGGUAAUCCUAUUGUACCAUGUGGGCUCAUAGCUUGGAGUUUGUUCAAUGACACCUAUAGUUUUUCCCGCAACCAAAGCGAUCCUUUGCCGGUGAAUAAGAAGGGUAUCGCAUGGAAGAGUGACAAGGAGCACAAAUUUGGCAAAAAUGUCUUUCCUAAGAACUUUCAGAAUUCGACUCUUAUAGGUGGUGCGACUCUCAAUGCGUCGAUUCCUUUGAGUGAGCAGGAGGACCUUAUUGUUUGGAUGAGAACUGCUGCGUUGCCAACAUUCAGAAAAUUAUAUGGGAAGAUAGAGGUGGAUCUUCAGCAAAAUGAGGUCAUACAUGUUACAUUGGAGAACAAUUACAACACAUACAGUUUUAAUGGAAAAAAGAAGCUUGUACUUUCUACCACUAGCUGGAUUGGUGGCAGGAAUGACUUCCUUGGCAUUGCUUAUCUCACUGUUGGCGGGCUGUGCUUCUUUCUGGCCAUGGCUUUCACAAUUGUGUAUCUUGUUAAACCAAGGCAACUUGGAGAUCCUUCCUAUUUGUCAUGGAACAGAAAUCCAGGAGGGCAUUAAGCGCGAUCAACUGCUCUCAUCAACAGCUUUCCUGGAGCAUUUCCUGAUGGUCUACUUAAUUAUGUGUAUAUUAAUGUUAUCAUCAACAUGGGUGGUACAUAUGAUUUCUACAAGCAUUUUGGUCAUUUGGAGUUUUCUAUAUUCUUUCCUCCCCAGAUUGUCGAGAGCACAACAUUAUGAAUUUUCCUGUAUAAUUUCAGAAAUAGUAUCGGUUACAUCUAAA